AUGCCAAGUGCAGACGAAAACGAGUCCGUGCGAGAUACGCCAGCGAUUGGCAACAGCGAGCCAGAGCAAGCAAGGUGCUGCAAAGACAGCGACGAACUGAUGGAAGCGCAGUCAAGAACAGGCGACAGCAGGCCCACGCAAGCCGCGCCUCUCAGCAAUGGCAGCAAUCCAGGCUGCACAGAACCAAGAGCUAGCAAAAAUGGACCAGUGCAGGAGCUGCCACGCAAGAACAGCAGCGGCUCCAGGCUUGCGACUUCCAAGACGGACAGCACGAGGUCAAUGCAGCACGUGCUUUGCGAUGACAGUGAGGGGCCGAGGGUUACGACGCCGGGUGCGGGCAGAACAGAUUCCGUGCGGGACACUCCUCGCAGCAGCAACACAAAGCCCGGGGACGCACCCCGGAGAAACAAGAACGGUCCAAAGCUGCACAUGCCCAGUGCUGGCAGAACGAAGUCCACUUGCACGGAUAUGGUGUGUGGUGGCAGGGAUGGGCCCGGAGCAGCAAAGUCCAACGCUGGCGGGGCCAGGCCCGCUCUGGAACAUCCUCGCAAUGACAAGGGCAACUCUGGUUGUGCACUGUCAAGGGCCGAUGGGGCAGCUUCCAGGCAUGCAACACCUCUCGGCAACAGGAGCAGGUCGGGACUGGCCAUGCCAAGUGCAGACAAAAACGAGUCCGUGCGAGAUACGCCGGCGACUGGCAACAGCGAGCCAGAGCAGGCAAGAUGCUGUAAAGACAGCGACGAACUGAUGGAAGCACGGUCAAGAACGGGCAACAGUAGACCCGCUCAGGCCGUGCCUCUCGGCAGUAGCAACAGUCCAGGCUGCACGGAACCAAGGGCCAGCAAAAAUGGACCAGUGCAGGAGCUGCCACGCAAAAACAGCAGCGGCUCCAGGCUUGCGACUUCCAAGACGGACAGUGCGAGGUCAAUGCAGCACGUGCUUUGCGGUGACGGUGAGGGGCCGAGGGUUACGACGCCGGGUGCGGACAGAACGGAUUCCAUGUGGGACACUCCUCGCAGCAGCAACACAAAGCCUGGGGACGUAGCUUCAAGGGCAAGCAAGGACAGACCUAGUCGUGCCAGGCCAUGCAGUGACAGCACUGGACCUAAAUGCACGCGGUCAGGGACCAACAUGGCCGAAUCAAGCCUUGAUGCGCCCCGGAGAAACAAGAAAGAUCCAGAGCUGCACAUGCCCAAAGCUGACAGAACGAAGUCCACUCGCACGGCUCCUGCUACAAGCAAACCCGAACCAAGCCAGGAUAUGGUGUGUGGUGGCAGGGAUGGGCCCGGAGUAGCAAAGUCCAACGCUGGCAGGGCCAGGCCAGCUCUGGAGCACGCUCGCAACGACAAGGGCAACUCUGGUUGUGCACGGUCAAGGGCCGAUGGGGCAGCUUCCGGGCACGUAACACCUCUCGGCAACAGGAGCAGGUCGGGACUGGCCAUGCCAAGUGCGGACGAAAACGAGUCCGUGCGAGAUACGCCGGCGAUUGGCAACAGCGAGCCAGAGCAAGCAAGGUGCUGCAAAGACAGCGACGAACUGAUGGAAGCGCAGUCAAGAACAGGCGACAGCAGGCCCACGCAAGCCGCGCCUCUCAGCAAUGGCAGCAAUUCAGGCUGCACAGAACCAAGAGCUAGCAAAAAUGGACCAGUACAGGAGCUGCCACGCAAGAACAGCAGCGGCUCCAGGCUUGCGACUUCCAAGACGGACAGCACGAGGUCAAUGCAGCACGUGCUUUGCGAUGACAGUGAGGGCCCGAGGGUUACGACGCCGGGUGCGGACAGAACAGAUUCCGUGCGGGACACUCCUCGCAGCAGCAACACAAAGCCCGGGGACGUAGCUUCAAGGGCAAGCAAGGGAAGGCCUAGCCGCGCCCGGCCAUGCAGUGACAGCACUGGACCUAAAUGCACACGGUCAGGGACCAACAUGGCCGAAUCAAGCCUCGAUGCGCCCUGGAGAAACAAGAAAGAUCCAAAGCUGCACACGCCCAAAGCUGACAGAACGAGGUCCGCUCGCACGGCUCCUGCUACAAGCAAACCCGAACCAAGCCAGGAUAUGGUGUGUGGUGGCAGGGAUGGGCCCGGAGCAGCAAAGUCCAACGCUGGCAGGGCCAGGCCAGCUCUGGAGCACCCUCGCAACGACAAGGGCAACUCUGGUUGUGCACGGUCAAGGGCCGAUGGCGCAGCUUCCGGGCAUGCAACACCUCUCGGCAACAGGAGCAGGUCGGGACUGGCCAUGCCAAGUGCAGACAAAAACGAGUCCGUGCGAGAUACGCCGGCGAUGGGCAACAGCGAGCCAGAGCAGGCAAGAUGCUGUAAAGACAGCGACGAACUGAUGGAUGCACGGUCAAGAACGGGCAACAGUAGACCCGCUCAGGCCGUGCCUCUCGGCAGUAGCAACAGUCCAGGCUGCACGGAACCAAGAGCCAGCAAAAAUGGACCAGUGCAGGAGCUGCCACGCAAAAACAGCAGCGGCUCCAGGCUUGCGACUUCCAAGACGGACAGCGCGAGGUCAAUGCAGCACGUGCUUUGCGGUGACGGUGAGGGGCCGAGGGUUACGACGCCGGGUGCGGACAGAACGGAUUCCGUGUGGGACACUCCUCGCAGCAGCAACACAAAGCCCGGGGACGUAGCUUCAAGGGCAGGCAAGGAAAGACCUAGACGAGCCAGGCCAUGA